GACUUGACGUCUCAGGAUAGUGCACGCUCCGGAUCACUCGAAGCCGAACUCCGGGCCCCGGGGAAAAGAGAGGAAGGAGCCCGUGUUCCGACUUAUCGCGCGCACGAGGAGGAAUGUAUAGAGGAGCGAAGAGCGAAGCAAUCUGAUUGUCGUUAUCGUCGGCACGUUGCGAUCACGCAUAUAGGCACGCGUCGCGCUCGCUCGUUCCCUCUCGCCGGGAUUUUGGCCGCUGUCCCGUUCACUCGCUCGCUCGCUCGGGCGAGUUACGCCAGCGAUGACGUGACGAGUGUCCCGCGGCACGUGCGGGCGCAGCGAUUUAAGCGCGCCGCGAAAUCGAUUCCCAAUUCCCAAGUAGCGGCGCUUUUCCCUACGCCGCCCGCGCGCAGCUGCCGCCGCCGCCGCCGCUGCCGCCGUCGGCCUCUGCCUUUAAUGCGCCGCAAAAACGGAACGUCGAACAUAACCUCUAACGAUCGUGCCCGCGUGUACCGCAGCAGCGUAGUUGUAUGUAUUUUGUGCUUCGUCGCGCGCCGCCUAACUUUUAUCGCGCAUCAAUUCCUCGCCGCUCCUCGUCCAUCGUCCCGCUUCGGUCUCGUCCGCGCGCGCGGCAAAGCGCGGGAAAGGGGGGAUUGAAUUGCGCACCGCCGUCGUCGUCGUCGAGGACGACGGUCGUGGACGUUUCACAGGAACGAUCGAUAAUCCAAAGCGUCGUCGAUCCUUCGCCUCUACUCGGACACGCAAGACGUCGCACCGCGUGGGACGUCGAUGAUGAUGAAGCGGGAUGAUUAAAGGAUGCCGUAAGUCGUAAGAGUGUGUAACGAAAAGUGAACUGACGCACGCGAAAUUGGAGAACGGCGGGCGGCUUCGCUCGCUCAGCCUCGCCCGUUAUCGCGCUACUCAAAACGGGCGCCGCGAAUUAAAUAUCGCCCACACGCACGCCACGGUUGCGUAAUGUCACGAUGAUAAUCCAUGAAAAACACGCUGCGCUUUUUUGUUCCCUCUAACCUAUCUAUCCGGCGGCGCCUGUUCGCGGCGCGGUAUCAUGUGUCACGUUUACCGUGUCGGUACUAGGUGGCUGUUGGAUGUUGCUAGGUCACUUACGGGCGAUACGGCGGCCUGCAAUCGGGGGAUGUCGCACGGACGGCGCUCGUAGAUGAGAAAUGUCUCGUAGUCUGCCGGACAGAGUGGCCGGGCUCUACUACGCCCACGGCCUGUUCUGUUCAUCCCAUCCUGUCAUCGUACUCUCGUUUGCGAUAUCGGUUCUCUUAUUAUGCUGCUGUCCGCUUGUCAAUCUGCCCAUGCUAGGCAAUGCCCCAAAAACCUUGAUCAACAAUACUGUCCUACCGGCGAACGGCACGGAGACCUCGGUACUGUACGUCCAACAAGUGGUGCUGAGAAUCGGAGUGAUGCCAUGGAGCCAGGACCUGAUGCUGAUGGACGCUUUCAGGGGACCCCUGUAUGAAGUGUUCAAUCUUUUGGAGAUUAUACAAAACUAUCAGCAUCCAGAAACAUUGAAAACACUUGGUCAGGUGUGCUUACACAUUGAAGCAGUAAAGAAAAGGAAUGGCAAGAAAGCUGAGGUUUUGCCGGAAUACAACUGUCUCGUUCUAUCGCCAGCGAAUCUCUGGCAGCAAAGUAUAGAAUUGUUUGCUCAAGACACGAAUCUUAUUAAUACAAUAUUUUCGUACCAGAAUUUUCAGAGAGGUAAAAUAAGUCUUGCAGAAGUGAUGUUCGGAAUGAGCUUGAAGGAAACUGGAGUGAAACGGUAUCCUGCUCGGGUACGUCAGAGAAUUCUUCAAUAUGCCGUAACUAUUUACUUGAAGAAAUAUGAUCAGGAAUUCAUAAAAGGAUUGCAGCAUCGACUAAAAGCCUAUUAUCAUUUGCAUCAAAACGUCGACAAUAGCACGGACAUUGAUGUGCGCGAUGAAAUAUUGAAUAUUUUCUAUCCUGGUGAAUUUAAUUACAGUGAAUUUUUCCCACUGAUGAUGACUUCCCUAGCCUUAUUUUUAUACGAGUACUUCCAAGUGCGGAAAAUAGAACUGGUAAAGUCUAAAAUUGGCAUUGCGUUUAGUGCCAGCGUAACAGUAAUGGGCUCACUGUCAAUGACUAUGGGUUUGUGCUUUUUCUUCGGUCUGACAUUAAGUAUGAGCGCCAAGGAAGUAUUUCCAUAUCUGGUGAUUAUCUUUGGCCUCGAAAAUGUUCAAGUGUUGACUAAGAGUGUCGUCAGCACGCCUGCCCAAUUAGACGUAAAGAUACGCGUUGCUCAGGCCUUAUCUAAGGAAGGAUGGUCCAUUACGAAGAAUCUACUCACGGAAGUGACGAUCCUAACUAUCGGGUUAUUCACCUUCGUCCCCGCUAUCCAGGAAUUUUGCAUAUUCGCUAUUGUCGGGUUAUUGACCGACUUCUUUCUACAAAUGGUAUUCUUCUCAACGAUCCUAGCAAUCGACAUCAGACGAACGGAACUGUCUAAUGAGAACUCCAAGUUCCAUCUAUCUCACAUUCAGACAUCGCGCAGACAACAAUUCACCACUACCAUCACCAACAGAAAACCUCAUAUAUUCCGCUCCAAGUCUCAUCCGAGAUUGAACGGUCUAUCUACCGGUCCGACAAGCGUUAUCGCUCCAAAUACACAGAAUACUCUUACACUGGCCAAGAUUCCCAAACGUUUAAGAUUGGUGCAUUUCUGGGCGCGGACGCGAAUUUUCCAGCGUGCAUUUAUGGUAUGGAUGAUCGUGUGGAUCAGCAUGACCAUUAACGACUCCGGCAUUAUCGAACACAUAAUACACCUUAGCGAGACAUUAAAACCAGAAAGUGACAUUGACGGAUAUACAGUAGACAAACCUCAAUCGUUAAACUAUGUCGAACUAAAUACAGCAACACCUAUGUCCGUAUCGCCCGCAACUGUAGCCUCGGUCAAUUUGAACGAACAGGAUCUAACGAAUAAUGCAACAGAGGAAUUAAACAAGUUAAGACCUAUGGACUUUCCACCUUGGAAUAGUUUGUCGUUAUAUCACUGGUCUUCAAUUCUUUCGAUGUAUAACGUGUCAAUUGCGGGUGGACGAGUGACUAUACUACCGACGAUAAAGGUAUCGCACGCAGUAAGCCCGCAGUUAGCAAAACAAAUUAGCAAUCCAAAUGACGUUCAACACUUCCAAUGGCAGAGUCUCGCUACCGCCGCGCUCGAUCCUUUAGAUUUUUCAGAUAUAGAGGUACGCUCGAGAUCGGAAGGACGUGUAUUUAAUACGGACGCGCCUUUCGUACCGUCGAGUCCGAUGGAGAUAUUUCUGGCCGCUCUGCUGUGUCUUAUUAGCGUGAUCGUCGUCGCUUAUACGAUGGUCGUGCUGUAUCGCUGUAUCUGCUCGAGAAAUUACGCGGAGUGGCGAACCAGCUGGCAUCAGCAGGAAAAGACGCAUGACUCUGUUACUCAGUUAGUGCUGGAGGCGGCGCCUUUAGUUUUGGAGGGCCAUACUCAGGAAGUGGAAUGUAUCGCGACGGAUGGCAAUACUGUUGCUAGCACGUGUUUUGCGGGACAUAUCAGAAUAUGGGACUCGACGUCCGGCGAGCAAUUGGCACAUAUCGAUAGACGACAAUUCUUCAGCGGUCCACUGAAAACGUUGAACCAAACGUCACCGGAUGCCGAUGAGCUGAUGUCGGAUUACGAGAGCGGUUCACCGCCCUCUAGAGGAGAGAUGGAAGCGGCGCAGUCGAUGGGAUUUUACUCGCCGGCUUCAGUGAUGUAUCAAGGAAAGUUAUCGCCCGCUUACAAUACGCGAAGGAUUAACAGCAACAAUAACAAUCAUAAAAGGCGAUCUGUAGGAACCACGUUAGAUUACGACUAUCAAAUCAACGAACUCGGUAGCGACAAUAAACAUAGAUUAUUACGUCGAAGUUUAGGUAGUGCCUACGAUCUUCCCGAUCUAAAACCAGCGAUUAAUAUUAAAUUCUCAACCAUAAAAUAUACACCAUUACAACAGAAUUACGAACAGGGCUUCGACUUUGGGGAACGAUAUAAAAUCUUGUUAGAGGAACACAAUAAGUCGAUUGAAGAGAUGCAAAAAUCUAAAACUAGAGAACAAUUGAGCAUUCUUUCCGCAAGAUCAAACUUGAUUGGCAGCACAUCCUCUAUAAAUACCGAUCGCACGAUACAAUCGUCGCUCAUUAUAUCGGCGAUUUGGUGUAUGGAUUAUCAAGAAAAUCUCAUAGUAGUAGGCUGCGCUAACGGCAGUCUCGAAUUCUGGGAGGGUACGACUGGUAGAUUCAAGUGUCUCUUCGAUGAUGGAUCGGGACUUGGAAUCUCUGCUGUUAGACUUGUCGGUAGCAGAGUAGUGGCAGCUAAAUUGAACGGAACUGUCGACUUUCUGCAACUUGAAAGUUACAGCGAAGGCCAGCAGAUUGACUGGGGUUUUACGUCUUACAGAAGAACGCAUGUGCGAACGGGAAGCGCUGGUUCGCCCAUGGAUCUAAAUAACAGCAUGCAAACAGAGGAAGAUUUGCGCUGCAUGAAAAUUGGUUCUCAUAGGGCACAUCAACAAGCCAUCACUGUUUUAGACAGCGAAGGCGGACGCGUAUUAACAGGCAGCCAAGAUCACACUUUGAAAGUAUACAGGUUAGAAGAUCAGCUGCCCCUGUAUACACUUCAUGGACAUUGCGGUCCAAUAUCGUGCCUCUUUAUCGAUAGAAUAAGUCCCAUGACAUCCGGUAGUGGGUCUCAAGAUGGAUUAUUGUGUGUGUGGGAUCUUUUGACAGGAGCAUGUAUGUAUAGUAUUCAAGCCCAUGAUGGUGCUGUAGCCGCUAUUACAUGUUCAGUGUCCUAUGUAAUAAGUAUCGGAACAGAUGAAAGACUGUGUGUCUGGGAACGCUUUCAAGGACACUUAUUACAUACUUUGCCAGCACAUAAGGCAGCUUAUAGCUUACAAUUGGUGAUGUUGACACACCAUCUCCUCAUAACUAGCAAUCAGGGAUCAUUAAUAGUCUGGGAUGUAAGAACAGGCGAGCCAGUGCGGGAAGUAAGAUUGGGUCAUAAGGACAGUUGCAUUUUCAUAAAGCAAAUGUUGGUAUUGAGGGACAGCGUCGUCUGCGACUUCGGCCGACAAUUGAGAAUAGUCAGAUUUCCAUUGGUCUCUGAUAAGCUGGACUAAGUUCUUUAUACGCGCGUGUACAUAGCCGUUUGUUUCUUUAUAGCAUUAUUUGAAAAAAGUGUCUUAUGUUAUUAGUCUGUCUAGAAACUAUAAAUUUUUAUAUAACAUAUAUCGCGUGUAUAUUCUAAAGAGUGAUGUAUAUUUUCGAUGUAAGUUUAAGUUAUAUGAUAAUAUACACGUCUUUACGGGAAUAUAUUUUUUAUCCGACAAAACACGUAUACAUGAAUAAUCACAUUUUCGAAUUUUAUGCCGAAUCAUCGUUAUUAAUGGCAUUGCACCAAUUGAAAAGUUUGAAAAAAUGAAGAUUGUACAAUUACAUAUGCAACGGUACGUUCUUAAAUAGAUUUUCUAAAAUUUAAUUUAAAUGAAGAUGAUUCAAAUUUUUUAAUUCGAUUACAGCAUGAAACAAUUUUAACAAGCGUUUAUUUAGUAUUUUAUAACAUGCAUAGUGGCUGUGCUUCAUUUUGAAACAUCUAUUAGUUUUUGUUAUGUAAUAAAAAAGCGCCAAUAUUUUAUUUAAACAUUUUUAAUCAUUUACAAUAAGUAACAUCAUAAAUAAUAACAUACGUGCAUUUGUAAAACCGAUGUUCUCUAAAGCAAAGGCGAAAAACAAAUUAUCUAAAGAGUUUAACACCAAUUAUGGUAAUAAUGCAAUAAAAAUAAUAAUUUUAUAUCUGCAACAAAAAAUUAAUUUUAAAUAUUUGUAUAUAAUUAUGAAAACUUGUUUAAAAAUUUCUCUGCACUUUUUGAAAUUAUCGAAUAGUAUGUAAUGUUAUAUUUAUUAAAAUUGUAAUAUUUUCUAAACUUAUGAAUGUUUCCGUAUGUAAAUUUAUUGUGUAGAUGAAAAUGAAUUAACAUUGUGUACAUCAGGUUUUAAAAGUGCCUUUAUCAUAUCUGUCAUUUUCAUCUUCAUAUCGAACGAAAAGAAGAGAAAUAAAAACAUGGAUAAAUAUAAUGAAAAGAAAUAAAUUAUGUUCCUUAUUACACAAUAUAUAUUAAGUAAAACAAAACUUGAGAAUAAAAAUUUAUUUUCUACUUACAAUUAGUUAGAACUUUGCAAUAUGUAUUUUAUACUAAUUUAUCUAAUAGCUUAGCAAAUUAAUUAUUUUCAAAUACUUUGUCAUUAUGAUUAUUUAACUGAAGAAAAUUCAAUACACUCAGAUUGUUUCAAAAAUCCUAGGAUUGUAAUUAUGUCAUUUUUAAAUAUGUCAGUUGUGUCAGUUGCGGCUUAAAAUUAAUUUAUUUCAUGGAUAAACGAUUAAUUAUUUCCAUUUCCAUUUUUAAUCUAUUUCAUUGAUUCAUAAUAUAAAAUCAUUCUUAAUUAUAUGUCAAUAUUUAAUUUUGUAUAUAAUAAUUUUCGAGAAAUAUUUGUAACGCUUUUUUUUCUUAUUUUGCUAUUUAUGCUUUAAAAUUACCUGCUGAAAUAUUGACAUAGAAUUAAAAGAAUCGUGUAUACUGAUUAUGUACAUACGUUACUCGUAAACACAUUUUACUGAUUUGAUUAAUUUUAUUAGAUGUUUAUUCAUGGCCAUUGUACCAGACAUUAUUUCAAUUUAUUUAGGCUUAAAAACAAAUUUCUUACUGACGGUCAUCCCUUUAAAAAAAGUGACGUGUGUUUUUAUUUUUUGCGGAUAUAUUUACAGUCACGUAAUAAUAUAUGUUGUUUAAAUCAAUACAUAUAAUAUAAGCAAAGUAUGCUUGUCUACUUGCUUUACACUUAACAUGGCAGCUGCAUCGAAGUUUCUUCAAAAGUAUAUAAUAUUACACAAAGAGAGUAAUUCUUUAGGAAGAAGUGUGUAUGUUGUUUUUAAUUUGUUAUAUGUAACUUUUGUUGCUAACACGCAAACUUGUUGGCAACUUUGAAAUAUGCAAUAAAUUCUUGCUUAAGAUAUA